ACUGCCUUUUGUUACUCUGCGGGAGGACUUUUCCCCCGGCUGCCGCCAGGGAGCGGUGUCUGGAUUCCACAGGCCAUGAUCAUUCAGGGCCUCUCUAGGCAUCCGCGAGGAGGAGACAAGACGGAGGACCAUCAUGGCGGAGGAGGAGUCCCAGAGCAGCAGCAGCAUCAGCAAUGUCCCUGAGGGCGCCAGAAGGAAGAUGGCGACGCGGAGAUGUGAAAUAUGUAACACAGAAGAAGCAAAAUAUCGGUGUCCACGUUGUAUGAAAUACUCAUGCAGUUUGGCUUGUGUGAAAAAGCAUAAAACCACACUCAACUGUAAUGGUGUCAGAGAAAAGACAGCUUUUGUUUCCGUGAAUGAGUUCAGUGACUUAAAUCUUCUAAGUGAUUAUAGGUUUCUGGAAGAUGUGGCAAGAACAGCUGAUAGUGCUGGUCGAGAUGAUAUUUCCCAUAAACCAAAAAGCAAUAAAUUUGUACAAUUCUUGAAGAAUCGAGCUCGAAGAUAUAAUAUCCACCUACAAACUUUGCCAAUUGGAUUCACAAAGAGGCGAGAGAAUUCUACAUUCUUUAACAAUAAAGAACAAAAGUUCUACUGGCACUUGAAGCUCAUUUUUCCUCACAGUCAUGCUAAAUUCACAGAAAAAAGGGUGCCAGAUGAUAAACCUUUAUGUGACAUCCUUAAAGCCUAUGUUGAUCCUCAAGCAUCUGAUCCUGUCAUUUGUCAAAGAUUAAAAAUCUAUACAACAUCCUCUCAAUCUGACAUAAAAAUUCUAAUGAAAGUAGAAAACAGACCACACAAUUCGACCAGGUAUGAAGAACUAGAUGUUAACAAAGGUCUUCGAGACAAUUUGAGAGGGAAGGUUGUCAUCGAAUAUCCAACUUUGCAUGUGAUUUUGCAAAAGUUCAAGACAGAUAUGGUGCUUCUUGGACAUAGUAAUGAAGAUAUGCUUGUUGAGGCCAUCGAUAGUACAGGAAGACACUGAUUGCUUUGAGGAUUGAAGGAAAUCAAUUCUCACAUACCUAUGUCAGUGAUUCCUGCUGUGUUCUGCAAGGAGACACUAGUGACUAAAGGAUUUUUCAUGAACAAUCUGUAACAUUUAUCUGAGAAUCACCUAGAUCAACAUUUUCAAAGGGAGGCUACUGUGAAUAUUUCCCCUUUUUAUAAAGACUUGUUCUCCAUCUCUCCAUGGGUAAGAAACCACUAUAUGAUUUCUUUUUUAUGUAUCCAAAAGCCCCAUGUGCUUGUGAAAGUUAACUAUACUUGACAAUCCAGAGUUCCAGAUUCAAACAUCACAAGGAACACACAAAGGGCUUGUUUGCCAUUUCCAUUUCCAGCAGGAACAACAUUGAAAAGGUGCACUAAAGCUCUGUCUUGUGUCUAGUAAUCCAGACUUCUAAAGAAUCAGGCAUAUUUUAAAGAAUUCUGGUUUGGUGUUUUGGUUGGAAGGAUCAGAAUGUCUUCCUCACUGAUACCUAACUAGUCCAUUCUGAACUCAGUUUGGAAUUGCAGUACUUGAAUCCUAUGGCCUUGGAUUCCAACAAGCGCAGCCUUCCCAGAGAACACAUUUUUAGAAUAUAAAUGACUUUUCAAAUCUGCUGUGUCGCUUGUAUAUAGAAUAUAGUACUGAGAUGACAAUUGUGUGUCACAUAACUGAUUGCAGGAUGUGUGUUAAUAGCAAGGCAGAUAGUUCCAAUCCUACACAUUGGUUUAUUGCUACAUCUGUACUGCAGAUGAAAUCCAUCUUUGUUUUUCCCAGCAAUCAUCAUAUGUGGACUUUCUCCAGUUUUAAUUCCAUUUCUUGGACACUUUCAAUUAAUUUUAUGAAAGUCCACCUUCUUUUUAUUCAUUUCUGAAGCUGCUUUUCCACAAUAUGCAACAUGAAUCUUCAUUUGGAGAGUCUGGUGACCCACAUAACUUUUCUCCCAUUAUAUCAAUGUGAGUGUCUUGUGGUGUCCUUUGCUGCCAAUGUUAUAUGAAUUUUAGUAUUUGCUGGAAAAAACAAAAUACUCAUAGUACACAGGAAGCUAAGUAAGACGUCACAACAGCCCCCUAAAAUGUCUUUGGCGAAAUUGCUGGCUGCUGCAUAUCCUCCUUUUGGCCACAAUUUUAUACAAAAUCUGCAACUUGAAAUAUAUCAGAUACAGAUGAUUCUUCCACAGAAAAUCCUUCAUAGGACACCAUGCUUUCACCGUUUUAUUGAAUCAGAGGGCACAACUUAAAAUCAGCCUAUGCUCUUUUGUUUUAGGUUUAAUAUUUUCCUCGGUACAAGAAUAUGUCUCCCUUACAGAAAUAUUGAAAUUCGUAGCAGAAUUCCGAAAAAAAAUUUUUUUUUAAAUUAUUUGCUCUGCUCUGGCCUAGGUUAGGCUUACUAGGACCUGAUUUUCCUCCAUCCAGUUAUUUCAGUGUGUUGUUUUAUUAAAUUAGCAUUUUUAAAAGUGGAAAUCAGUAAUCACAAUGAACAGAACAAAUAGUUCAAAAACUACAUAAACUUCUACAGAGUUUGAAUUCUUCCCUAAUUAUGUACAUUUACCGUCAUGUCCUUAUCUGUUGUCCUUCUGAUGUUGCCAUUGAUUGUAUAGUGGGCCAUAACAUGAAUUUCUAGAAUGAAAAAAAACCCCUCAAAAUAUGGAAACUAGGUAUCUUUAUAAUAAUCUGAGUCAUUUUCGCCAUUCACAUAUUUCAGUUUGCUAAUUGGUUUUCCUAGAAGUACCCUUUUCUGUAUUCUGUUUAGCCAAGAACUCUGUAUUACUCUUCGUAGUGCCUUCAAUUUGUAAGUGACUUUCAUUCUGGUUGAUGAUAGUUUGUUGAGUCUUACAAAUUGAAAGCAAGCUAUUCCAGGAUUACAUACUCUUUUCUUUACUGCAGAAAAAUGUACAGUUCUAAAAAUGAAUUUUGCCAAAUCUAGCCGAGUACAGGCGCUGUUAAUAAAUCCUCUGACAAAGAAGCAUCUUUUUAUAAGUCUUUUUAUGCUAGCCCGGCCCGUUGUUUCCUCUGCCUAGCUGGAAGAAUUUUAUUAGCAUUGGAACUGGGAAGCUGAAGAUGGAGGUCUGGAGAAACACAUAUUUUAGUAUCAGGUUGUAGCAAUGUGUCUGCAGUAAACAAUGCAGUAAAGUUUAAGCUGGGAAAGAAUGGAGUUCAACUGUAGUCGAUCUUACUAUAAUUGUAUGUGCAAGCCUACAACAGGCAAGGUAAACAGCCGCUGCCUCCAGAAUCCCCUACUGAGCAUGUGUGAAGAGCAAAACAGAGAAAUCGGGAAAUCAGAUAUUUUUUAAAAACCCAUAGAUAUGACCACCAAAAUGGAACUGAUAAAUAAAAUGAAGGGAAAAUAAUUCCUCAAUACAUUUUGGAAGAAGCUUUCAGGUGAACCAUAGAGGGUUCAAAAAUGCUUUUUGUAACUUAUGCAAGCCUUACUUUCACAUGUGCAUACUGUUUUGGAUAA